AUGGUUUAUGAUAUUCGUAAAGUAAUAUUAGCAAAGUAUUAUCCACUUAUCGAAACUAAAUUUGAAGUUCGUGAAAGAUUAUAUAUGCCUGGUAUAGUUAUUUGUGGACCAAAUAUGAAUGUUCAACCAAAAUGUUAUUUGGGAUUAACGGGCACCAAAGGGAAUGAAUGUGAUAAUCAUUGGUGGACCCAAAGACCCAUUGAACAAUUCAAAUUUAUUUUCCCAGACACAGUUGGAGAAGGUGGUAUGAAUUACAUGUUUUGUCCAAAUGCAUGGCUUCCAAAUGCAAAAAAUUGCUAUAUACUUGCACCUCCAUUUACGGCAAUGUUUUCACCAAACAUGACGGAAGAGAUGACUAUUCAUCUAUAUUCUAACGAAUCCACUACUUCAAUUACUUCAACCCGUCGAUGGGUUCAAUUCGGAAUCUUUUGGCCAUGGAUGGGACAAGAUCCAUAUUUGGUUCGACCUGAUUUCUUUAAUUUGCCAAGCGAAACGUUAUUCAGUUUUUCACGAAAAGAAUUAUAUAGAUUGGAUGGAAAACUUCAAAUUACGUAUGAUGUAUCUCCUGCAAGGAGGGCAUUACCAGUUUUCACUAAUGACACAAAGAAAUGGGGAGAAAUUCAUAUUAGGCCUGACUAUGAACCAACUCUUGGUGGAUACGAAGUUACUGUUAGUCGAGAACGAGAAUAUUUUACAAUAUAUGAUCUACUACCAACAUUUGGAGGAUGUAUUGGCAUGCUUUUUUUAAUAUAUAAACUUUUAUGGGGUGACAAUCGGUUAAAUCCGUUUGGAUUAUUUCAAAAAUAUAUAUUUCGUUCAAUUCCAAGAAUUAACCAUUUUAGUAAUGGUUACGGCCUAUAUAGUAAUGCUAUCAUUUUAGAUCAUAUUGAAAAACCACAAUCGGUUGCUAUAAAAUUAAGUAAUAAAGGUUUUACGAAAAUGUCUGAAGAUGACUCCGAUGGUAUUCAACGUAACACAGAUUAUCCUUUUAAAGGUUUUGGACCAGGGAGACUUGAUGAAACGAGAAGUUCUUUGAUAGAAUCAGGUGCAAGUCCUGGUAUUGGGGGAAAUGUUAAUCAAUCAACAAAUUCUGAUCAACUUAAUGAUCCUAGUCGUAUUGUUGAAGUUGAAAGUAUCAAGAAAGAGAUUGAUCAAUUAAGGCAAGAACUUCUUGAUUGGAAGAAUUUUUUAAUUCGUUAUUUAUCAUUUAAUGAAUAG